CAACUACAUAUGUAUAACACAACAAUUUCAUUAUAUACAAGUACUCUUUUUCAUUCAAAUCUUUCUACAAGCUAGCUAGUUGUUCGAUCUCUUAUAUAUAGAAUUCUAAUGGCAAUGGCAAGUUCAGCAGCCUUCAAGUUAUUGAAGCAACGGUCACUCGUGAGAUGUUCGAAGCAAAUUCGGGAACAAAAGGCACGGCUUUAUAUUAUAUGGAGGUGUACCAAGUUUCUUAUUUGCUCCCACGAUUAGUUAAGAUCGAAGUGGCUCAAAAUGUAAUGGUAAUUAAUUAGUUCUAGGAAGGCGUAUGCUUUAGAUUUUUUUUUUACUGAUUAAUUUUUGUAUGUAUAUAGAAAGAAAUUAUACUAUCUUGUAAAGUAAGUGCAUGGUUUAUGUAUUAUAAUGAUGAGAAACUAAACUUUGAAGAAA